AUGACUCUGCGAGGAGGCUUUGAGAGAGCGUGGAUUGGCUGCUGCCGGGUGUUGCUGCUGGCUUGUUAUAUCACCAUCGCCUUGGCAGCCAAACCCAAAAUGCCAGGCCACACACACCUUAAUUCAAUACGCAUUGAUGGGGACAUAUCUCUGGGUGGGCUGUUCCCUGUGCAUGCUAGAGGAAAUGAUGGCAAAGCCUGUGGGGAGCUGAAGAAGGAGAAAGGGAUCCACAGGCUGGAGGCCAUGUUAUUUGCCCUGGAUCGUAUCAAUAAUGACAAUGAGCUGCUGCCUAAUAUCACUCUGGGGGCUCGCAUCCUUGAUACCUGCUCCCGGGACACCCAUGCUCUGGAGCAGUCGCUGACAUUUGUCCAGGCCCUGAUUGAGAAAGACUCAACUGAUGUCAAGUGUCUCAGCGGCGGACCGCCCAUCAUCACUAAGCCUGAGAGAGUGGUGGGAGUGAUUGGUGCCUCCGCCAGCUCCGUGUCAAUCAUGGUAGCCAACAUUUUGCGUCUCUUCAAGAUCCCUCAGGUGAGCUACGCCUCCACAGCUCCAGAGCUAAGUGACAACACCCGCUACGACUUCUUCUCCCGUGUGGUGCCCCCGGACACGUACCAGGCCCAGGCCAUGGUGGACAUCGUGAAAGCCAUGCGCUGGAACUACGUCUCCACUGUGGCCUCCGAGGGAAACUAUGGAGAAAGUGGAGUGGACGCUUUUAUCCAAAAGUCUCGGGAGGAUGGUGGUCUGUGCAUUUCUCAGUCUGUGAAAAUACCCCGAGAACCGAGACCUGGAGAGUUUGACAAGAUCAUUCGCCGGCUGAGUGAGAACCCUAACGCCAGAGUGGUCAUUAUCUUUGCCAACGAGGACGACAUCCGGCGGCUCCUCCAAGCAGCGAAAAAGGCGAAUCAAACCGGCCAUUUCAUCUGGGUAGGUUCAGACAGCUGGGGCUCCAAAAUCUCCCCCAUAUUGAACCAGGAAGAGAUGGCAGAAGGAGCCGUCACUAUCCUCCCCAAACGGCAGUCCAUAAAAGGUUUCGAUCGCUACUUCAUCAGCCGAACAUUAGAGAAUAAUAGAAGGAACAUCUGGUUUGCAGAGUUCUGGGAAAAUAACUUCCAAUGCAAGCUCAGCCGGCACGCCGUGAAGAAAGGAUCUGGCAUCAAGAAAUGCACAAACCAUGAGCGGAUCGGGAAGGACUCAUCCUACGAACAAGAGGGGAAGGUUCAGUUUGUGAUUGACGCGAUCUAUGCCAUGGCUCAUGCUCUACAUAACAUGCACAAAGACCUCUGCCCUGGGAAAGUCGGCCUUUGCUCAAAGAUGGAAUCCAUCAACGGCACUCUGCUGCUCAAGUACAUCCGCAACGUCAACUUCACAGGAAUUGCUGGCACCCCGGUGAUCUUUAACGUGAACGGAGAUGCUCCUGGACGCUAUGAAAUCUACCAAUACCAGAUCACAAACAACAUGACAGAGUACAAGAUCAUCGGUCACUGGACAGACCAGCUCUACUUAGACACGGAUGAGAUGCAGUGGCCUGGUGCAUCACAGGAAGUCCCGUCCUCUAUCUGCAGCCAGCCCUGCCGCCUCGGGCAGCGCAAGAAGACGGUGAAGGGAAUCCCCUGUUGUUGGCACUGUGAGAACUGUGAUGGCUACCAGUAUCAGGCAGACACUUACACCUGCAAGAUGUGCCGCUUCGAUUUGCGGCCUAAUGCAAACAACACUGGCUGCGAUCCCAUUCCCAUUGUCAAGCUGGAGUGGAGCUCUCCGUGGGCGGUGAUCCCAGUCCUCAUCGCCGUCCUGGGCAUCAUGGCUACCCUGUUCGUGGUCGUCUCCUUUGUACGCUACAAUGACACACCCAUUGUUAGGGCAUCGGGUCGAGAGCUGAGCUACGUGCUGCUGACGGGUAUUUUCCUCUGCUAUGCUACAACAUUCCUCAUGAUCUCCACUCCUGAUGUGGUUAUAUGCUCCCUGCGAAGGAUUUUCCUCGGCCUGGGUAUGAGUAUAAGCUACGCGGCAUUGCUAACCAAGACAAACCGGAUCUACAGGAUUUUUGAGCAGGGCAAGAUGUCGGUCAGUGCCCCUCGAUUCAUCUCCCCCGCCUCGCAGUUAGUCAUCACGUUCAGCCUGAUAUCAUUUCAGCUCCUCGGAGUGUGCAUCUGGUUCGGUGUCGACCCGUCGCAAGCCAUCAUCGACUAUGAGGAUCAGCGUACAUCCAAUCCUAAAAUUGCCCGUGGUGUUCUGAAAUGUGACAUAUCAGACCUCUCCCUCAUCUGCCUGCUGGGUUACAGCAUGCUGCUCAUGGUCACCUGCACAGUUUACGCCAUCAAGACCAGAGGUGUUCCCGAGACGUUCAACGAGGCCAAGCCCAUCGGCUUCACCAUGUACACCACCUGCAUCGUAUGGCUUGCCUUCAUCCCCAUCUUCUUUGGGACCUCACAAUCAGCAGAAAAGAUGUAUAUCCAGACCACAACCCUGACCAUCUCUGUCAGCCUCAGUGCGUCGGUCUCUCUAGGAAUGCUCUACAUGCCGAAGGUCUACGUCAUUCUCUUCCACCCGGAGCAGAACGUACCCAAGCGCAAGCGCAGCCUGAAGGCUGUGGUCACUGCAGCCACCAUGUCCAACAAGUUCAACCCCAAAGGAGGCCUGAGGCCCAACGGAGAGGCCAAAUCCGAGCUCUGUGAAAGUCUUGAAACACAAGCGCUGGCUUCCAAGCAGACAUACAUAAGCUACAGUAACCAUGCCAUCUAAGCCGGAAAAGGAACAGAGGAAGCGGAGCCAGGGCCAGCCUGAGGAGGAAUCACCUGAUUGUGGGGAAUACUGGGGAUAUACUGGAGGACUUCCAAGCUGCUACAGCAGAGGAGGGCUGGGGUGGAAAGAUGGGAAUUUGUCACUCCAUGAAUAGAAAAGAUGUCAUAUUUUUCGAGAGCAUCAGGUAAAAUGCUUGAAUGCCAAAUGGUUGAGAAAUUAGGGGAUUUACAGAGAUGAGAGAGAUGGGAGAUGUUAGGGUGAUUGGACAGUUAAUUUUCCUCUUCCCACCCUUUCUCAAACACAAGUGAGCGUUGAACAGUGUGACGUUUCCAGAUGCAGGCUAGGAGCAAACCACCUGGAGUCUACAGUAUGUUUUCCUUCUGAAGUGUAAAGCACACAAUUUCAGUUCAGAUCUCUGAGGCUCAAUCUUUUUGUCUCAUUUUAACAAAGACGGGGAGAAAAAAGCGUUCUGUUUUAGCUCAAGUCAAAUGCAGUCGACAAGAUGAAACAGUAAAAAAAUAUAGUCAUUAUUUUGGUUACCGGUAUUAUUAAAGCUGCAGUACUCUUCAAAUGGUACAUGCCUUACUACAGUACAUUCAGUAUUCCUACAUGAUCUUAUCUUAUCUGAAACACCUGAAAAUAAAGCAGUGGGUCAUCCCAGUUUAUCUUUUUUUUUUUAAAUAAAUGUUUCAUAAUGAUGAUGAUGAUGAUGCUAACAUCAUCUUGGCAAACCUAGUGUACAGUCCCAGAGCAUGCUUAUGGGAGCAUCACGUGUACUGUGCUGUGUUGUCAAUGUCUUUGGAAUGCAACAUUUGUCAUGGUUGUCAUUCACAGUGGAGAUGUCAUUUUGGACCAUUACCCACAACUGGGUUACCCUCCUCUGAAUAAAGAAUCAUUUUUAUGCAUAAAAAGGAGUGAAGCUCAAAGCAAAUUGCCAUUAAAUAAUGUCAUAGUUUACAGUACAAUCCAUAAACGUCAGCCAGUACUUCAAGACUUGUUGAAGCAAACAUCCCAGCAUCCCAUAAUUUAUUGGCCUUUAUUUAUCACGCACUUGUUGAAGCCUUAGUAAAAAAAAAUGUGAGCAGCUGGAAGAUUGUGAGAAAUUCAUGUUUCCCCAUUUGUUAAACUUACAGUCCAGCAGACAUUAGAUGUAAUACUUCACCUAAAGGAACACUUCCUUCUUAAAAUACUCACCUACUCGUGUUUCCAUAUUAUGCUUCAUUUUCUAUGAUUGUAAUUUAGAGAUAUAGCAUUUUUUUUUAAUAUAAUUUGGUAUUGCAGUGGAGCUAGAAUAUAUACAUCACUUGGUUUGUAAAGGAAUCAGUCCCCAGAUAUAUCAUUUCUAAAGCGUGGUGUUAUGAUUAUAUAGGUUCCAUAGUAGAGUAUUACACGGGGACCUCCUAUGAUUUGUGAUAAAUGAACUUUUAAUCUGUAUUCUUUGCAAAGGAUUGUUUUGCUUUUCUGGGUCAUGAAUUUUGAAGCUCCAGUGGGAAUGAAUAAUAAGAGUUUUAAUAGUAUUUUGGGCACAAAAUUAGCCUCACGCAGCUACUCAGCAUGGAGACCCAUUUGGAGAAGGUGUAAGCUCAGUCCCCUCUAACGGCAUAAAUGUUCAAAGGUAAUUAGGUGGAUGACAGGCAUAGCAUUUCCUAAGUAGUGCUGUACCUUUCAACAGACCCAAUACAAUCUCUGUAGAGCCAGCACUUUAGCUAGAGAAAAGUAUUUUGGUUAUUGCCGGACUACAUAUACAUAUGAAUACAUUCGAAACAUAAUUAAGCUAAAGUGGAAUUUGUCUCCAUGAACUUAAAAUACUUUUUGAAAGCUUUGAGUUUUUAAUGUAUUUAUCUUUUGAUUUGUACACAGUUGCUGCUCAUUCUUCUAGCAUUAAUUGAUUUUUAAAGUGACAACCUCACAUUUUAGAAGAUUUAACUGCUCGAUAAAUAAGGGCCAACGCCUUCGUUCUGUGCCUCAUACCCAUUCAAUUCCUCCUGCCAUUCUUUCCACGGAUCAUGGUGUCGUUUGCUUUGCAACCGUCACCUUUCAAGUGGAUUCUGUUCAAACAUGAGGUGGAGAGGACUCAAUGUACAAUUUAUAUUUAAGUGUGUAAACUCCAUUUCUGUCUGCAGUCUCUAAAGUAUUUGUCAUAAACAGUAACUCUGGAAUUUGUCUCAUUAAUGUAAUCCUCAGCGAUGCAAAAAUAUGUAUGUUGCAUGUCAAAUCUCAUAAGAAGUCGUGUGAACAACUCGAGAGAAAAGGUGUAAUGUCCAGAAGGAAAAACGACUGCAGAGGAUUAUAAAUGUAACUAAUAUUUUUGGGUUAAAUAAUGAUUCUCUCAGCUUCAUCAAAUGUCUGGGGUGUUGCUGCAAAUGUUGUUUUUCUCAUCAGUUGAUAAAGUAUUGUUUGUGGAAUUGUUUGUGUUUUGUGAAUAUGAUAAUUUAAUGCUCUUUUUUUGCCACAACCCCCCUCCCUCCCCUUUAUUUUUCUAAAACACUUGUCUGUGUUACAAAAUAGAAUAUGUAAGUGCUGACUGAAAUUAAGUGGCAAGUUAAUGUACGUUAGUAAAAUGGAUUGAUCAUGUCUGCUUUAUGUACUGAAUUAUAAAAAAAAGAAUUACAGUGCCUGGAUAUUUAUGAAUCAUCUAUAGAAAAAAAAAAUGUAAAUGUGUAGAGCAUGUUCAUUUUUAUACAAGAUAUUUCUAAUA